AUGUCACACAUCGACCGCGGACAUUCACAUGCGACUACACCCAAUGCAAAGGAUGGCAAGACUGCUACAGCUGGAGCUGACGGCAGUAAUGUCGGGGUCGAGGCUCCAAAGCCCCCAAAGGCUGGUCUCUUGAGGAAGAUACAGAUGAAGCUCAAUCUGGACCUCCCGACUCUACUGCUGAUGCUCAAAGGUGCUCUGCCCCCAGCGAUUGCUUUGGCUGCCUACCAGAGCGACCGCUGGGCAAAGACAUAUUCAACUUUGGGAUACCUGAUCGCAAUAACGUCGUUCUUAUCACUGCCAAUUCUGCCAAGGGCGAAGUUCAUCCAGUCUAUGAUCCUUUCGUGCAUCACAAUAUGCUUUGCUGCAGCGGCGGCGCUGCUUACGAUACGAUGCGCCGUGGCCGCACACCAACCCAUCCUCCUGACUCCCGCGUCAACAACGACAGGCUCAUCUGGCAGCAAACAAACCCUGGUGUAUAGCGGCGCAGCUAAUGUGACCGCAUGCGCCUUCUUAUUUUUCUGGCUGUACUUUGCAAACACCGUUCGAGCAGCCCGCCCGCAGCUUUUCAUCGUCUCGAUACAGUUCACAAUCUUUACGGUGGUCUCCCACACAUAUGCAUCCACUUUCCCAACGAUGGAAGCGGGGAUGAAUUUCGUGGAUAGACUGUUGAAGGUCUUUCUCACAGGUUACGCAUUGGCUACAGGUGUCUCGUUGUGUAUCAUCCCCAUAUCUUCAAGGAAAAUCGCUCAGAAGCAGGCCGCCGGCCUGCUCAAUAUCAUGAAAGCUUCAUUGUCGAUCCACAUCGCAUAUCUACAUGGCAUUACUACGUCUCAGGCAGGUAGCCCGGGAGUUUUAGACGAGAAAGGAAACCCCUUACCGCUGGACCGCAACCCAGAAGCACGAGUGUCGAUGAGAGCGGCCGAAGAAGCGGCUCAGGAAUUGAAAGUGACGAUUCAGAAAGCGUCUCAAUUGUUUGGCCAGUUGAAACUGGAGAUUGGUUUUGCUAAGAAGGAAAUCGGAUGGGGCAAACUACAACCAGAAGAUUUCCGCCAAAUCUGGGAACGGCUAAAGCACAUUCUGCUUCCAGUCGCAGGCCUGUCCACGUUUAUCGACAUCUUGCAGUCCGUCAAGAGACACAAAGCUGAAAGAGAGAACUUGAUCUCUGAUCUGGACGCAGUCGAAGCCAUCCGGAAGCUCGAGGCCGAGGAAUGGCACGAAGUAAUCGUCAUGUCUCGUGUCCCAUUUCUGAAAAUGAAGGCAACUCUCGUCGAUGGCUUGACCCACGUUGCUUAUGUCCUUGAGUUGGUGCCGCAGCCAAAGGCAGCCAAGAAGGAUAUUGAGAAAUCUGCAGACUCAGCCCCAAGCCCUGGCCAACCAGCAUUUGCACAGUACUUGACGGAUCAAAUAGCGAUCUUUCAAGACCACCGUCGGGAGACCAUGCGGACGUGGUGCGAAAGAAAAGGCAUCGAAGUGCCAACGAAGUUCUGGGAAGAUACGUCUGCGCAGUACAAAUUCAGCGAUGCAGCCUCUAUUCACGAAACGGUUCGACAAAAGCAGAACCAUCAGCAGCUGUAUCUCAUCCUUUACCUCGAGUACCUGCUUUUGGCUGUCUGCCAAUCAAUCCUGGAUUUUGUACUUUUUGCCGACUCGAAAGUACAAGAUGGCACGAUGAGCAAGAACAGGCUGAUAUUCCCCGGCUGGAGACGCCUCCACAAAUUAAUGCAGAACGCCUUCAAGCAAAAGGACGCGAGUGAAGGUCUUCAAGAUGGACCAGCCUCGGGUAUCUACAUCUGGAUGGGCGGUGCUCUACAAAAGCACAAAGACCCCGAGCAUCUACCACCAACGAAUCUCUAUCAGAGAGUAACCAACAAGCUGAGAGCGAUACCCAAGUUCCUGGCCUCUGAUGCCUCCCACUUCGGCUUCCGAGCAGCAACCGCCAGCAUCAGCAUUGCAAUAAUCGGCUAUCUACGGCAGACACACUCCUUCUAUCUGGCUCAGCGUGGUAUCUGGGCAGUUAUCAUGGUAGCUAUUAGCAUGGGAGCUCAUGCUGGGGCCGGCGUCCAAGGGUUCGUCCUGCGAAUACUCGGCACUGCAAUCGCAGCGGUCGUCUCAAUCACAAUCUGGUACAUCGGUGACCAAAAACCAGCGGCAAUCAUCCCGCUAAUCUAUCUCGUCUUCGUGUGUGGGAUCUAUGUCAUCCUCAAGCACCCCAAACACCUCAUCACGGCAGUCAUCUCCAUGGUGACGACCAUCCUGAUUGUUGGCUAUGAACUUCAGGACAAGAAAGUCGGCACUCAAAUCCUCACCAGCAACGGCCAGGUAUACUACCACAUCUACAUCCUCGCGCCAUACCGACUUGCCACCGUCAUCAUAGGCCUAGGGGUUGCCUUCUUCUGGACGUAUUUUCCCUACCCGAUCACCACGCACGCCACCCUGCGCAAAGAUCUAGGCAACACACUCUAUCUCAUGGCAAACUACUACUCGUGCACGCACUCUACGGUCGAAACCCGACUACGCACAACUCCCUGUCUGGCCAAGGACAAGCGCGCCGACCCCAUGCGUCCCCUGGACAAAGCCCGCCAGCGCGUCUUCGACAAACUCCUCGUCAUGCUCAAUCGCCUGCGCGAACACAGCACCUUCCUCAAAUACGAGCCCCCAUUCGGCGGGAAAUUCCCCAAGCAGACCUACGACGAGUUGAUCGUCCACAUGCAAUCCCUCUUCAACUACAUGGCUCUAACGGCGUACUCGUCGCACACGUUCCAAUCCUCCUCCUCCGCCCGGGAAUCCGACUGGCUCAAGGACUUCCGCCGCAUCACCGCACGCUCGCGCCUCACCUCCCCCGAACUCACCAGCACGCUGUGCCUCGUGAGCGCGAGCGUCACGAACUCGCAGCCCCUACCCCCCUACAUCACGGUCCCGCACCCGAUCGAUAUCGCCGACCAGCUCGCAGCCAUCGAUCCCGGGAUCCUCAGCAUCACGCACAUCAAAGAACCCUGCUACGCGGCGUUUGCGGUGCUGGAGAUUGCGAGCAUCCUGAUCAUGCAGGAGAUGACGGCCGUACUGAGUAAAGUGCGGGAUCUGGUCGGCGAGGUCGACUUCAGUGUCCAUUUCGGUGGUGGGCCCCAAAGCGGGAGUACCUUGAGAGGCACGUUAAGCGAUAGUGAUCUUGAUAUGAGAGGCGAGAGAAAUCCACGGCAUUCGCCUUCGCAUCCACGUCCACACCCACAACCGCAUCCAGCUUUGCACACGCGUGAAAGUGGAGGGAACGACACCGAGGGUAGCAAGGGUAAGGUCGAUUGA